UGAGACUUUCCAGACAAAAAUAGCAGUUCCUCGUUUGUAAGGCGACAAAUCAUAUCGAUUUCACCUUGACCUUUAUAACUUCUUCAUACAAGUUUGAUAAUUUUAGGAUAUCGUUCCGCGCUAAGGUGAAAGAAUAAAAGCAACAUAUUGUUGCAUAUUUCUCUCCUUCACUUGUGCAUUAAGAACUUUAUAAGGACAUAGUGUUAGAUAACAGUGAAAAUAGCCUUCCAAAGAGAUAGUUUUCUUAGCUUCUAGACAAAGUGUACGACCUGUUAGUGGGUUUCCUUUGCUUCCAAGUUUUCUCUUAUCAAGUCUAGCAGACCAUGCAUGCUUCCACGAUAACGCGAGUUAAGGAUAUUGCGCACACCACGAUACUUUAGCUGUAGCACACACACACACACACACACACUUAAAGAACAUCAGACACGUGCUCGUUGUCUGCUUUAUUCCCGGGCAUCCGGACUCAAACAAAUCACUGAUAAAUAAUAAAUUUUAGUGCACACUAAUCAAUAGUUAUUCAUAAGAAUGAUCACAAGAAGAGACAGUAGAUUAUUCGUCAGAGUUGUAUGUUGCAACACAAAAUGAAAAACAAAUGUUUUAGUUUACGAACGUAAAAAAUUAUUUAAGCUCUUUUAACAGUUGGUAGUUUCUGUGCAUACUAAGAGUUGGUAUUUACACUUUUACUCGAUCGAAUCAAAGAAAAAUUUCUCUCUCUCUCCCUCCAACAAAGAGAGAGAGAGAGAGAUUAUGGACACUGCAUGUUCUAGUGGGUUCCUUUAGCUUCAUACAUCGAUCAGUUACCCAUACAGUGUGGUAAUACUGUUGCCUUGGUAACAGCACCUGCCUACGCGUUUCAUGAUUUUGGGUUUGUGAGCAAUCUUCCAGGUGAAACAACGCCCGUUUGCACUGCAGUUGCGCAGAGUUCUGUAAAAGCUUAUGUAAUAUUGAUUGUCCUGCUUUAUAUAAAGAUAGCUUUAAAACGCAGGACAUUUAUUAACCGUAAAUGUUAUUGCUUUAGAACUUUAUUAGGCUGACGAUUCGUUCCAUGUAUAUAAUGAAUUACAAACAGCAACCUUAUGUAAAAAGAAUUUAGCAGCUUCCAAACUUCGACCAUCUAUCAAGCAGAACUCCAUUAGGAUGGUGCCGCCUAGGACUAUAGAUGAGCUACUUUUUCGUCUACGAAAAGAUUCUCCAGAGAAAUCCGGGGCAGAAACUUCAGGCCAAUCAGUAACAAUGGCUGUUGAGAGUGGAGCUGCUAGUGCUCCACCAGGGGCUGGUGAUGCUGUUGGGGCAACAACAGCGGGUUCUGCCUCCGCUGCUGCUCCAGAAGAAAACAUUGGUGAAAAGAUGCUUCAUAAAAUAAUGGACAAGACCCAUCUUCCAGCCUACGCCAUCAUUCUUAUCCUGAUUGGAACUGCUCUACUUUUGUUGUGUAUCUGUUUCUGCUGUCUCAGAAGGUGGUGCAAAAAGCGGAAAAAGGACGGUAAGAAGGGACUAAAGGGCGUAGUGGACUUCAAGAGUGUCCAGCUUCUGGGAAAUGCAUACAAGGAAAAGGUACAACCGGAUAUGGAGGAGCUUCAAGAUAAUAUGGAGAUUAACGAAGGAGAAGAAGAAAGCGCUAAGUCUGAGGUCAAACUAGGCCGUCUCCAGUACAAGUUAGACUAUGACUUCAAUACCAGCAAUUUGGCGGUAACAGUAAUUCAAGCAGAGGAUCUUCCAGGUAUGGACAUGUCAGGUACAUCAGAUCCUUAUGUGAAGGUUUAUCUGUUACCAGACAAAAAGAAAAAAUACGAGACCAAAGUUCAUCGGAAGACGCUAAACCCAGUGUUUAACGAGACAUUCAACUUCAAGCUUCCGUACUCUGAAAUAACCUCAAAGACUCUGGUGUUUGCCAUCUUUGACUUUGACCGUUUCUCGAAGCAUGACCAAAUAGGUGAAGUGAAACUACCCCUUAACACAUUAGAUUUGGCUCAGACCAUUGAAGAGUGGAGAGAUCUUACUAGCGUUGAGGGGGAACAGGGACAGGAAAAUAAGCUGGGAGACAUAUGCUUUUCUCUCCGUUACGUGCCAACAGCUGGAAAACUCACUGUAGUAAUUCUCGAAGCUAAAAAUCUCAAAAAAAUGGAUGUAGGAGGCUUGUCAGAUCCCUAUGUGAAAAUAGCUAUCAUGAUGAACGGUAAAAGGAUUAAGAAGAAAAAGACCAGUAUUAAGAAGUGUACACUUAAUCCCUAUUAUAAUGAGUCAUUUACGUUUGAGGUGCCGUUUGAGCAGAUUCAGAAAGUUCAGCUGUUGGUGACAGUCGUAGAUUACGACCGCAUUGGUACAUCUGACCCAAUAGGAAACGUUAUCCUGGGAUGCAAUGCAACUGGAACGGAGCUCCGCCAUUGGAUGGACAUGCUCGCCUCCCCUCGACGUCCAAUUGCACAGUGGCAUUCUUUGAAGGAACCAGCUGAUGGAGGCGAUAAUUAAGAAAUAUAUGGCAUACACGCGCGUUAUUACACACUUAUGAAGAAUAGGGUUAGUGAUAAAGAAAAAUUUAACGAAAGAAUUAGCUUAGGGCUGAUUUAGUUGAAUAACACUUUUAUUUAGAUUAUUUAAACUAGUUUAUUAAAUUCAUAUAUAUAUAUAUAUAUAUAUAUACAUAUAGAAGUACAGAGUUUAGUCAAAAGACAGACUGAACCAUUAAAUUCCAAAAUGAAACAAAAAGUAAUCAAAAGUUUAAGACACUUAAAGGUAUAAAAACAAAAACGUUAAUCAGGGCCAAAUUUAGGUAUAACGUAACGCAUCUAAAAAAAUAAAUAAAUAAUAUGAUUAUGAUAAUCUUACGUAGUUCUAAGUGUUAAUGCUAGAUAAAAAAAUGACAAUAAAGCCAUGAGAUUCUGAUUGAAGUAAGAUUACUUAGAAAUGAUAAGAACGUAACUGGAAAGAAAUUGGAAACAGAAAUUGAAAAGAACUAAGCUUAUCCCCCAAAAUCUGAAAGGAUGCUAAAUCGUUUGAAAGUGCCAAAAUAUCGAUGAGGUCAAAUCUUCAAAAAUCGAAAAGAAAAUAAUCAUAACCUCAGAACUCAAACUUUUAUUAAAAAAAAGGGUUUGUUUUAUGAAAAUCAUAGUUUUCUUUUUAUCGUUUCAUAAUACCCAUUUUUCUAAUUUCAUUUAUACCUCUGCUCCCCUUGUGUUGAAAAUCAACCUGAACGGAUAGAUUUAACAAAGUUGUUUGACAGAAAAAGAUCGUCAAAACGUGGACAAAGAAUUAGACAAGGCGGAAGAAAGAAGUAUGUUGUGAAACUAAAAAAAAAAUCAUACUUAGUUAAAUAAAUACAAAUUUAAAAGCUCCCUGGAAAUUACCCUGUUAAUAUGGUUAUAUAAAUGUCUUUUGACAUAGCAGAAAACGAGCUAGAGGCUGCGUCACGGGGAAGAAAACGAGAGUAUAUGCGUGUUUGCUGAAAUAAGAGGUCUAUAACAUAUUGGUACUUGAACGGUUGUGUGACGUUGUUUGAACGUUUUCUUCUUUACCUGUUGAGUUUUGUAAGCCCGAGUGUGUGUGUGUUGGUUAAAAUCAACAUUUGGAAAAACGUAAACCAGUACAAUUUUGAACUUUACGUAAAGUUGUAAUUCUUAGUGUUUGGUAAGAUUUCAACUUUAAUAAUUUGUAUGAUAAGGUAUUCGACAACGUUUUUUCAACACGUGCUGUACAACAUUCUCCCUUCCCUGAAUACAGUUUAUGAUACAUCCUGUGUAGUUGACAUCACGUAUACACUUGGUUUUGAUUUCAGAAGUCAUUUGUUGAUAGGAAAUAGCGGUGGCUUGCAACGUAUUCUUAUACUCUAACCUGAUGCGAAAAGCCGUAGAUAUCGUAUUUUCGUGAUAUAGUUUGAACACCGUAUCUGUAACUUUACACAUUAGUUUUUAAUUCUUAGAGAAAGAGUACAUUUAAUACACAAACUAAUGUUAAAGUUGGACAGUGAAUCAUUAAUAAGACAUAUUUGUUAUAGUUUAAAAUAUUGGAACUUUUGUUACUUCAUUGUUUUGAACCAAAAAUGAGCAACAUUUUGUUUUCAACCCGAACAAGGAAUUUUAAGGUAAUUUUUUUUGCCAUAUGAUAUGAACUUGCUAGUUUUCAAUAAUUAAUAGACAGCCACUAAUUUAUACAUUAGGAUUUCGCUGUUUUCUCAUAUCUCAUGUCAUGGAACAAAUGCUAUGAAGAAUAAGCAACUUAAAAAAACAAGCAAAUACAGCCUUCUGGCUGAUGUGUGGGAGGGAUAUUGAACUGACUUUUCCACAAGACACUUUGUACAUCCACAGUAUAUAUUUUCGUUCUCUGUACCUGCCAUUAUAUUAGAUCCUAGUAAAAUGCAGCGUUAAAGAGUAAACCUUGGUCAGAAGACAGACCAGUCCGUGACAUUUCUUCGAGUGUGCCAUCUUGUAAGAUAACUGGUUGUAGAGAGUUUCUAAAGUACUUAGUUGUAUAUUAAGUUAAAUGUAAUUAGACUUAUACAGAUGUGUGUUUAUGUGCUCAACUUGAUAUGGUGCACACAGUAUUAUAAAUGCACAAUAGUCCAAGUGAUUGUCCAUAUAAAUACAAAUUUGUUUGUUUGUGUGUGUAUGUAUGACAAGAAGUUACGUGUAAAUUACUUGUGACUUGUUUAUAGAAUUGUCUUGAAAAAAUUGAGGGCUAGCAGUAGAUGACUGCUGACGUAAAAUAAAAGGUUAUCCACUAUCCUACGUGGUGGCCUUUAGGAAGAUAUUACUCAUUAGUCUAUUAUCAAAUGACAAUAAUUUAAAAAUGAAGACUAAUGAGUUUUAUGUAGUCCAGAAUUAUGUACACAUUGAAAAUAAUACUGCUAAGUGUAAUAAGAACUGACAUACACUUACUAAGAACCGGCAUGUGUAGCUAGCUUUCAAGUGUAAUAAGAACUGAUAUAAACUUUUCCAAUAUUCAACACAAUAUAUUUUUUUUUUGGUUAUUCAAGUAGAACCUGUACAUAAGCUACACGCAUUUAUAUAGACACACAACCUGUCAUAUCUGCAUACAUUUAUUAAAGUAUAAUGAAAAUAGAAAACACUCAAAUAAAGAGAGGGAGAUCGAACGCCGUGUUGUCAGAUCGAAUUAACCUACUAUCAUCAUGGUUUGGUUGAAGUCAUCAACCACAAUAAGACUCUAGUAAAUGAAUUUCCCAAGUAAUAAAAUAAUUAUCUCUUGAACAUUCAUCUAUUUUUUUUUCCUUCUUGCUACUGAUAAACAUGUCUGACGAAACCCAUUCUUUUGGAGUGUAAAAAUAAUUUUUAUUUUCCAAACGUAUAUCCAGUAAAUAUUCUGACGAAAGGCAUUCUUUUGGAGUGUAAAAAUAAUUUUUAUUUUCCAAACGUAUAUCCAGUAAAUAUUCUGACGAAAGGCAUUCUUUUGGAGCGUAACAAUAUUUGUUUACUAUUUGUUGCUAUACCGUUUUCAUAUCUCGCAUAAUUUAUGCAUUAUUAGAAAAAUCUGCUUUGCCUUGGACAUGGUUGUUAACUAUACUUUAAUGUCAACAUUGUGAAUCAUUAAAUAAAAGACUGCCAUAUCACAUAGUAAAGCUCACAUAUAUAGCUCCGUGAAAAUGCCUAAUGAACACUCGAAAAAUUCACUAAAAUAUAAUAUCAGUUAAUAAUAGCGAUUCUAUACGCGUUAAUGGAAUGCAAGCCAGUCCAGAAAAGCCUGUAUUUUAAUGUUUUGUUUCCAAAUGGAUACUUCUUUUUUUUUUUAACUGGACGUUUAUGGGCUUAGCAUAAAGCAACAUGUGUUAUUAAUAUGAAAUUAAAAUGUCAAGUUUAUGUUCGAUACACUUAUCCAUUUCACGCAGAAACUAAUGAAAGCAGGAGCAGUUGUGAAACGUAUCUUCCAACUUAAGCAUUGAGAGAGCACGUUUUCGAGUUUGUUCACAAAACAAACGUGAAAACAAAUGAGUUAACGAUAAGAAUAUUCAUCACGCUUUCAAUAACAGUUUAGCAUCAGAAGAUCCUAAAAUAAGUAGCAGCACGAACAAGUUGUAAAAAUAACAUCUCACAAACACUUUCGUGCACUAACUUAGCAGCCUAUAUAUAUAUAAAUGCUUGUUGUCGUGGCUACAAAAAUAACAUCUCACAAACACUUUCAUGCACUAACUUAGCAGCCUAUAUAUAUAAAUGCUUGUUGUCGUGGCUACAAAAAUAACAUCUCACAAACACUUUCAUGCACCAACUUUGCAGUAUAUAUAUAUAAAAAUGCUUGUUACCGUGGUUAAUCACUCGUACUUCAUUAAACUUGGGUUCACAAGCUUACAAGCUCCAUGCCAGAUUCGCGACUAACAUGAUUUUAUAAAGCACAAGGCUUUUUUCCCCCGUGGCGAGAGGUCAUUUUCCUACAAAAAUGCUCUCUAGCUGUCACAGUAUUUGAUUGCUUGGCCGUCAGUAAGAAACGUAUGCCAUAUUUGUAACAUAUCUAUCUGUCUAUAUAUUUGUAGCAUAGUGAAUGGAUCGUGUUUAUGUAAUGUGAAUCUUAGUUCAUAUAUAUAUAUAUAUAUAUAUAUAUAUACAUAAAUAUCUAAAGCACUAUACUCCACAAAAGAUGAGGAGUAAUCCAUACCGUUACAUUCCAGAGUUAUAUACUUUAAUUAAUAAUUAAAGUUUAAGCUACGGAUCAGUCCAGGCUUAUUUUACUCUCGUAAUGUGUUAGUUACAAAUCUGUUUGUGCAAUGUAACAGUUUCGACAGCUUUGUGGACGCUUUUCUGUUUGUAUGGAUUGAGCUUCCUAACAGGUCCGUGCUACUAGUAGUAGAAAAUGAAAAGCUGUAAUAAAGCAGCAUAAGAUAUAUUUCCUAUAUUCCGCCUUUCAUCAUAAUAUACUUUGUUUAGAAAAACAAAAUAGUUCAGUUUUAUCUCCAGAAAAUGUAGUUAAAUACAUGUUUCUAGUGUGUGUGUGUGUUUUUUUGGCAACGCGUUGAAUGUAAUUUUCUGUAUGAUUUUACUAAAUUUGUUUCAGUAAACACGUAGAACAGUCCUGAUGAUUUCAGGAAGGAUAUAACCCAUUUUCACUUUAUGAUUAGAUAGACUUCCGUUCAGCAUAAACUGUCAUUUUAUACAGAGCAUGUAAUUUGAAAUAUUCAUUUGCAGGUGAAUAUGUAAGCAUAAAUAUUCGAUAUAGAUUCAUGCAUAUGUAUUUUAACAGUGUAGUCAUUUUCGUGUCGUGUGGUGUACUUUGUAUUCUGUACAGAAUAUUUUUAGGGCAGCAACUAUAUACAUAUAUAUUAGAGAUUUGUAUUUUUGUGGGUUUGUAUAUGUUUUUGAAACCUAAUUAUACAUGAGUAACUUCUUCCCACAUCAUCCUAGUUCUCAAUAUACAAGGGCCUUAUAGUGAUUUACACCUGAGUGUGGACGUUGCUAAUAAUGCCAGGGAAGUAACAAGAAACACAUAUAUUUAUUGAAUUACAUAAUUCUAUAGUGCUUGUAUAUACUAACAAGAGACUUCCUAAGUUAGCUCUUAUAUAUAGUUGUAUAAUGCAUAUGAUAGUGUAAUAUUAAAGAUGUGUAUAAUGGCUUACAUCAUGUAAUAUUUUUUGCAGUGUAUACGUGUUAACAACUUUGUGUACUUGUAGGUAUACAACAAAUGUUAAUAACUUUGUGUAUUUGCAGGUAUACAACACAUGUCAAUAACUUAGUGAAUUUGUAGGUAUACAACACGUGCUAAUAACUUUGUGUACUUGCAGGUAUACAACGCGUGUUAAUAACCUUGUGUAUUUACAGGUAUACAACACGUGUCAAUGACUUAGGGAAUUUACAGGUAUACAACAUGUGCUAAUAACUUUGUGUACUUACAGGCAUGCAACACGUGUUAAUGACUGUGUACUCGCAGGUAUAAAACACGUGUUAAUAACUUUGUGUACUUGCAUAUACAGCGCGUGUUAAUAAUUUUGUGUACUUGCAGGUAUACAACGCGUGUUAAUAACUUUGUGCACUUGCAGGUUUAAAACACGUGUUAACAACUUUGUGUAUUUGCAUAUAUAAGUAUGUCUAGAGUUUGUAAAUAGUUAUCCUGCAGAAGGAAUAACAAUCGUAUUUUACGUCUCUGUGUGUGCGUGUUAAGAAUUUGUCAAUAAAGUGUUCUACUAGGGAAAGUAAUUUUUCUCAAAUUA